CAAAACACUAGAUGUCACGUGAAUUUCAAAAAUUGUUAUUAAACAAAAUUAAAUCUUCACCAUUCUACACGACACAGGCAGAAUAUACUGUGCAAGUUUUUGCACCGACGACGGCGAUAUUUAAAGCCAACCAGCCAAACAACAUUAAUAUCACUUUUUUAAUAUUCAUUGUAAAAGCUCAAAAUUUCGGAUUAAAUAAGAAAUGUUAAAAUGUCGAGCGUGUCUUAAAGAUGAAGAAUAUUUGGUGCCAUUUAAUGACCAAGAUAUUGAUUACUUUAAUUUACUUACUGAUAUAAAUGUUAAAAUGUUUGAUAAACUACCACAACAUUUUUGUAUAUGUUGUUUGGACAAACUUAAGUCCUUUAUUGAAUUUCGAGAAAAAUGUUUAUUGUCUAAUUAUAUUUUAACAGAAUCCAUCAGAGAAGACAAUAUCAAGGUAGAAAUAGAGAAUACUCUCUUUGUGCAAAAAAGUGAGGUAAAAGAGGAUUGUAUUGAUGAGAUAUUAGAAGGAGGUUUGAUUGAUAAUGAAGAAACAGAUUAUGAUUUAUUCAAUAAUGUUAAUAUUAAAACAGAAGACAGUGAAGAUAUGAGUGGAAAGCUAACAAGACCUUCUAACAUAACAAGAAAGAAAACACUUCUGUCUUGUGGACUCUGCAUCAAAACGUUUAGAGAAGCCGAUCUACUAACAAUCCAUCUGGCAUGUCAUAAAAUUAGUAAUUCAUGCAAAAUAUGUUCCCAAAAUUUCACUGAGUGGCCGGCUUUAUACGCUCACCGAUUGGAACACCUGACAAACAAACAAAAACAUUGCCACAUAUGUUUGAAAAAAUGUUACAAACCACAAUAUCUAGAAUACCAUUACAGAAAGUUUCACACAGAAGACAAAGAUUACACUGUAAAAUGUUCUGAAUGUAGUCACACCUUUACAACACCAAAGAGAUUACAGAAGCACAUGUGGGCCAGCCAUUCCAACAGGAAGUUCUACUGUGAUCAUUGUCCUAAAAUAUUUAAAAAUAAAAGUGCCAUUAAAUCGCAUAUGCCAAUUCAUAUGGACAAUAAAAAUGUGAAGUGCGGUUUGUGCGACUACACCUGCAAGUACCUCAGUAAUUUACAAAUUCACAAGCUAAGACGACAUACACCACAAAAAGCAUAUUGCAAGAAAUGCACUCGCGUUUUCUGUGAUAAAGAAAAGUUGGACGGUCACAAAUGCUCAGAAAAAGGUACUAUAUGUCCGGUGUGCGGUAAAAUUGUGAAAACGCACAGAUUGUUACGACGCCAUAUGGAAAGUCACGAUAGCGCGGGAAAGUACAAAUGCGAGCGGUGUCCAAAAGUGUACAAGUCGAAGAGCUCACUAGCGACACACAAGCUGAUACACGACGGGGUGCGAACUAAACAGUGUGAAUAUUGCAACGCAAAGUUCUUCUCGGGAUCUGUUCUUAUAAAACACAGACGGAUACAUACCGGUGAAAAGCCGUACGUGUGUCGGGUUUGUUGUCGAGGUUUCACUAGCAACCACAACUUGAAGGUGCACAUGAGAGUUCACGGCGAAUACUUGAUAGAAAGAAAAAAAACUGAUGAUGGUGCUUGACAUUCACGAUUCAAAUACUGUAUACAUAUUAUUGUUUAGACAUGUACGUACAUAGUAAUAACAUAUAAAAAUUAUCCUACAGAUGAUGUCCCUUUCCGUUCGAUGUUGAACAUUUUCUGUUAUUAAUUAAAAAGCUAGCUCUGUACAGACUAUAGAUGAUGAUGUUUUUAAAAAUAAAACUAUAACCAGAUUA